AUGGAAGAAGACACAUCAAGGGGAAAUUCCAAAAGGAGGAAGACAAACGACAACAGUAAUGCUAAUUAUACUUUGCUUCCUAAAAACAUAAAUUGGCUAAGUGGAAAUGACGCAAGUAAUAACCAUUCUAAGCAGCUCCCUCAGCAGAAUGAGAAGGCAAAGAAAAAUGUGCUAUCCGCAUCAAGUCGUAAUAAUUCUCAGAACCUGUCCCAUGUUAAUACAAAGUCAAAUGCAAACCAAGAUGUGUCAUACCCGAGUAUGAAGCGCAAUUCUAGCAACAUCCAACUGAACAACAGUAAAAGAAACUGUACCAGUGAUCUAUCAAAAGAUCAAGGUCAUCCAUUUUUGAAGAGAUAUCCGGGAAGAUCCAUAUAUGUCGAUCAUGGCGAAAUGAGGAACUACGCAAAUCAGCACAGUAAAAUAUUUCUCAAAAACAGCUUAAAAAAUACCUAUGCAGACAAUACAGGUAGAAAUAGAAACCCUAAACAGAAGCAAAACAAAGUGGGCCUCUCAUCAAAUGAAUACACAAAUUAUAAAGUUACAACGGAGAAUACAACAUCAUAUGAUCAUGCAAAGAAGCUAAACUACAUGUGGAAUAUUUACGUGGACGAAUUGCUCAGUUUGACAAACACAGAAGAAUUACCCCAGGACACAAUUAAUGACAUGGAAUUGAAUGGAGCAGAAAUUGAAAUACAUAAAUCUCGUUGUGCAUCAUAUAUUGGGAUCAAAGGGAUAAUAAUCCUGGAAACGCAAAAUGCAUUCAAAAUAGUAACCCCCAAGAAUAAGGUCUUAAUAGUGCUGAAAAACAAAACCGUAUUUAUCCUUACCAUAAAGGAUAAGCAGUAUUACCUACACGGCGUCCAGCUACUCCGUGACCCUGCCUUAAAAUCAUCGAAGAAGUACAAAGUGCUCCAGAACAGGGCUAUUUAA